AUGGCUGUGAAUUUCGUCACUCCAACCCUUGUUAAUGGUGAAAUUGAGAUUACGAUUGAAGAAUCAAAUGUCAUUGAGGAGUUGGAAUUCUGGGAAAAUGCAAUGAUUUUGUUUUCUCUUGAGGAUACACUCUCAAUGAAUGUUGCGAAAAAGUUUAAGGAGAUGUCUUGGAACUUUGUAUCAAUGCCGGACCUGUACUACAAUGAGGAAGGGUAUUUUAUUGUGAGGUUCAGAACCUGUGAAGAUAAAGAAAAUGUCGUAGCUCAAGGCCCUUACUUCAUCUAUGGUAAGCCAUUGUUUCUGAGGCAAUGGACAACUGAGUUUAAAAUAAAGGAUGCCUUCUAA